AUGCGACCGCAUCUCCUCCGCCUCCUCCUCCUCGCCGCCGCCUGCCUCCCGCCGCCGGCCGCGUGCCGGCACAUCCACACGCCCCCGCCGCCGCCGCGGCAGCAGCAGCAGCAGCACGGCAGCGGCACCAACGUGGCCACCGUGGCGCUCGCCGCCGCCGCGUCGCUCCUCGCGCUGCUCCUGCUCUACCUCUGCGCCGCCAUCGCGGUGCGCCGGUUCCGCUCCCGCGGCGCGGUGGCGCGGGAGCCGCCGGCGGCGUCCCGCGCCGCGGCGUUCCUCCGCCGGCACGGGCUCCACCACCAUCGCCCGUCCUUCACCUACGAGCAGCUGCGCGCCGCCACCGCGGGCUUCGACGCGGCGCGCAAGCUCGGCGACGGCGGCUUCGGGACGGUGUUCCUCGCGUACCUCCCGCCCGCCGGCCGCCCCGCCGCCGUCAAGCGCCUCCACGUCCCGCCGUCCCCGUCACCGUCGUUCCCCUCCACCUCCGCCACCAUCACCAAGUCCUUCUGCAACGAGGUGCUCAUCCUCUCCGCGCUCCGCCACCCGCACCUCGUCCGCCUCCACGGCUUCUGCGCCGACCCGCGCGCGCUCCUCCUCGUCUACGACUUCGUCCCAAACGGCACGCUCUCGCACCACCUCCACCGCCGCGUCGGCGGCCCUGGUGGCGCCGCGCCGCCGCCCCCGCCGCUCCCCUGGCGGACCCGCCUCGCGAUGGCCGCCCAGAUCGCGUCGGCGCUCGAGUACCUCCACUUCGGCGUCAAGCCCGCCGUCGUGCACCGCGACGUCACCUCGUCCAACAUCUUCGUGGAGGCCGACAUGCGGGCACGCCUCGGCGACUUCGGCCUCUCCCGCCUCCUCGCGCCGCCGGACGCCUGCGCCACGGGGGGCGCCCGCGAGCUCGUGUGCUGCACCGGGCCGCAGGGGACGCCGGGCUACCUGGACCCGGACUACCACCGCUCGUUCCAGCUCACGGAGAAGAGCGACGUGUACAGCUUCGGCGUCGUGGUGCUGGAGCUCGUCACGGGGCUGAGGCCCGUGGACGUGGGCAGGGAGCGGCGGGACGUGACGCUGGCGGACUGGGUGGUGUCCAAGAUCCAGGUCGGCGAGCUCAGGGAGGUCGUCGACCCGCCGGUGCUGGGCGAGGGCCCCGCCGUGAUGGCGAGUGUCGAGGCAGUGGCGGAGCUGGCGUUCCGGUGCGUGGCGCCGGACAAGGACGACCGGCCUGACGCCCGGGAGGUGCUGGCCGAGCUCAAGAGGAUCCAAACGAUGCUCCCCGAGCUUCCCGGCCGCAAGGUUUCUUGA